CUACAGCAGAGAUGAAGAAAAAGGCGUUCUCUUUGUGUGAUUCAAGCACCUUGCAAGCUGCUGAUGACAUAGGUCCACUUGCCAUUGCUGAGCAUUGGAAAUCAGUCCCCUCGGUAUGCCCGCAACUCCGCGACUCAUGCACCGUCAUCACGGCUCCGCAACUCCGGUACAAGUUUGAAUUUUGAAGCUGAUGACGAUGACCUGGUCCCUUGAUGAGAAAAUCCGGAGAAUGCUUAAUUUUUUUUACGCCUGGGCUCGUUGUAUAAAUAGGUAUAAUGCCGUCGCGCCAGGACGAGGUUAAUCAAUACAAACUCUAACGAGCAACUCACCAAACACACAUCAUGGGUUCACAAAUCUCACCAGCCGAAUCGAAGCUCUUCAAGCCCCUCAAGGUCGGCAACUGCGAACUGCAGCAUCGCAUCGCCCUCGCGCCGCUCACACGUUACCGCAAUGGCGAUGGCGACCAUGUCCCCCUUCCAUUGAUGGAGAAGUACUAUGCCGACCGCGGCAGCGUCCCAGGAACUCUCGUCAUCUCCGAGGCCACAGCCAUCGCGCACUCGGAGGAGGGACAGCACAACAGCCCCGGCUUCGUCAGCGACGCGCAGGUCGAGGGGUGGCGCAAGAUCAUCAAGGGUGUGCACGACAAUGGAUCGUUCUACUUUCAACAGAUCUGGGCCAUGGGCAGGGCCGUCGACCCCAACUAUGUCCAGAGCCGGGGCUACGACUACCGGUCCAGCAGCAACGUGCCCAUGAAGCACAUUGGCGUCGAGCCUCGCGCCAUGACGGAGGAGGAGAUCCUGCAGGUCAUCGACGACUUUGUAGCCACGGCCAAGAGGGUUGUCUCGGCGGGCGGUGACGGUGUCGAGAUCCACUCGGCGCACGGCUAUCUGCUCGACCAGUUCCUGACUGAGGGCGUGAACAAGAGGACAGACAAGUGGGGAGGAUCCAUUGAGAACCGCGCGAGGCUGACGCUCGAAGUCGUCCGUGCCGUGACAGCAGCCGUGGGCGCGGAGAAGGUGGGCAUCCGCUUCUCGCCCUGGGCUGGCUUCCAGGGCUCUGAGAAGGGCGACGUCGAGCCACUGUACACGUACAUUAUCGACGAGCUGAAGCGGAUGGACGUCAACCUGGCGUACAUCUCACUCGUGGAGGCGCGCGGCGACCCAGGCGAGCUCAUUCUCGGCACCGAGGCCAUCAACAAGGGCAAGACGCUCGACUUUAUCCUCGAGAACUGGAACAACAAGUCGCCCGUCAUGGUCGCGGGCGCGUACCGACCAGAGACGGCAGCGCAGGCGCUGGAGACGCGCUACGCACAGUGGGAUACCAUGGUGGCCUUUGGGCGGUACUUUAUCUCCAACCCGGACCUCGUGUACAGGAUCAAGCACGACAUUCCCCUGGCGCCCUACAACAGGGACACCUUUUACCUGAACAAGCAGUGGACGGGGUACAACGACCAGCCUUUCAGCGACGAGUUUGCCAAGGCGCACCCUGACGUUGCGAACAAGUACCCCACGCCGGCGGAUGUGCAAUAGACGACGUGCCUCGGGGGCUUUCAUAGACCAUAGACUAUAGAUUACGAAUAAUGAUAGACCAAAAUAUAGUACUAUUUAGAGUUCAAUGUUGAUGAAUUGGCUUUCCUCGAUCCAUUGCUGCCAGUCAGGGCGG